AUGCCUCCUCCUGCUGUUACAACCGAUCAAGUUGCCGCUCGAGGCCUCCAGGAUUUUCCCCACAAGGUGUUUUGUUGUCCCAGCUUUCGCCCCACUCCGCCUUUGCAGGAGAGCUGCUCGUUGGCACGGCGUGGUCGCGGGACUUCUCUGGCAGCGACGGUGCAGAAGCUGCCUGCCACAGAGUACGUCAUGACCGUCGACAAGACGGGCGGCGGCAAGAUGGGCCUGCGCCUCGAGGGCCCCGAUGACGCCUCCGAGCUCCUGGUGACAAACGUCGCGGAGGGGCUCCUCUGUCAGCGGUGGGGCCUGCAGAACCCCGAUCGGGCGGUGCUGGCCGGCGACGUCCUCCUGGAGGUGAACGGCGUGCAGGGCAGCGCCACGCUGAUGAAGGAGGAGCUCAGGAAGGACGGGCUGGUGAGCAUGCGUCUGCGCCGCGGUCCUGGUCACGUCUGGUCUGACCACGCCAUGAGGCGUUCCGCCUUCGACUAG